AUGGUUGAGUCUGCUGAAGAGACAGGACGCAGGUUGAAAAUGCAGCCAGGCACGCAGGCUCCUUAUUCCCUGGAGACUGGCUCCUUCCCGCACUUCUAUUCCCCUGUUCAUGCCAGCUCCACAUCCGUGAGCCCGCCGUCGAGCCUUUCCACAGGGAAUUCGGUGGACGGGCACCACAACUACCUCGAGGCCCCUGCAAACACCUCCCGGGCGCUGCCGUCCCCCAUGAACACCAUCGGCUCUCCGGUGAACACACUGGGCUCGCCCUACAGAGUCAUCGCCUCCUCCAUUGGCUCACACCCUGUCCCUCUGUCCUCAGCCCCGGGCAUGAACUUUGUGACACACACCAGCCCACAGCUCAAUGUCCUGAACAAUGUCAGCAGCUUGGAGGAUGUCAAGCCCUUGCCAGGUCUCCCAGGGAUUGGGAACAUGAGUUAUCCAUCUACAAGCCCAGGAUCCUUAGCUAAACACAUCUGUGCCAUCUGUGGGGACAGGUCCUCAGGGAAGCACUAUGGGGUGUAUAGCUGUGAGGGCUGCAAAGGCUUCUUCAAGAGGACGAUCAGGAAGGACCUGAUCUACACCUGCCGUGACAACAAGGACUGCCUCAUAGACAAGCGCCAACGCAACCGCUGCCAGUACUGCCGCUAUCAGAAGUGCCUUGCGAUGGGCAUGAAGAGGGAAGCUGUGCAGGAGGAGAGACAGAGGAGCAGGGAGCGAAAUGAGAAUGAGGCUGAGUCCACAAGCAACGGCAGCGAGGACAUGCCCGUGGAAAGGAUCCUGGAAGCUGAGCUGGCAGUGGAACCCAAGACAGAGGCAUACAGCGACAUGAGCACGGAGAGCUCGACAAAUGACCCUGUCACCAACAUAUGCCAUGCUGCUGACAAGCAGCUCUUCACACUCGUCGAGUGGGCCAAGCGAAUCCCCCACUUCUCUGACCUGACCCUGGAAGACCAAGUCAUUCUCCUUCGGGCAGGUUGGAACGAGCUGCUCAUUGCCUCCUUCUCCCAUCGCUCCGUGUCAGUGCAAGAUGGCAUCCUUCUGGCCACAGGCUUGCAUGUGCACCGCAGCAGUGCUCACAGUGCUGGCGUGGGCUCCAUCUUUGACAGGGUUUUGACAGAGCUGGUGUCCAAAAUGAAAGACAUGCAGAUGGAUAAGUCAGAGCUGGGAUGCCUGCGAGCCAUUGUCCUGUUUAACCCAGAUGCCAAGGGUUUGUCCAGCCCCUCCGAAGUGGAAUCGCUGAGGGAGAAGGUCUAUGCCACGCUGGAAGCCUACACAAAGCAGAAGUACCCUGAGCAGCCAGGGCGGUUUGCCAAACUCCUUCUGCGUCUGCCGGCACUGAGGUCCAUUGGGCUGAAGUGCCUGGAGCACCUCUUCUUCUUCAAGCUGAUCGGGGACACCCCUAUUGAUACCUUCCUGAUGGAGAUGCUGGAGACACCCCUGCAGGUCACUUGA